GCUGACAUCAUCACGUCACAUGGAAGUUUGCUUUGUUUGUGCAAGCUGGUCCGAAACUCGUUUUUGAUGAAUUAUCUGUGUUUUGAGUAAAUUUUUUUUUUUUUUUUUGUAACUUUGUUUGUUGGAGAAAACAGCGACAAAGAGAGAAUGAAGAGGAGGAAUCUGAAGUUUGAAUUUCUGAAACCAACGUGAGGAAUCUCGUUUCCAUCUGUUGCAAGUUUUUAUCUUUUGCAUCUCCAAAGAUUCUUCAGGUGAGCUCCCAAAUUCAAUAUUGAAAAUGGCUAGCUAGCUGAGAGAAUUUUAUCUCCAUCUCGAUCUGGGUUUCUGUGAGAGAAAAAAACUGGAAGAUUUGGCAUUUUUGCGGAAAGGUUGGAUUUUUAGAUGAUUUCGAUGAGCAACAACAGCUCUACGAGAAGGGAAAUAGGGUUAGGGUUUGGUGGUGGAAUUGAGGAAGAAAUGAUGAUGGAAGACAGCGACUUUGAGGAAGAUAGCAUUCAUUCUUAUGUUUCUUGCGUUGACCCUGAUCUUGCCCUCUCUUAUAUUGAUGACAAGCUUCAGAAUGUAUUGGGACAUUUUCAGAAAGAUUUUGAAGGUGGUGUCUCUGCUGAGAAUUUGGGCGCAAAGUAUGGUGGCUAUGGUUCGUUUUUGUCUAUGUAUCAAAGAUCUCCUCUUUGUAAGAGUCCACCACCACAAGUUCAACACCAAGUGGUGAGUGGAUCUAAAUGCUCAGCUUCAUCGGCUGUACCUCAAGUAUCAGUAUCUGGCUCCACUUCUAAAGCUCCUGCUUCCGAUGUUUUGGCCAAACUGAAAAAUUUCGUCAAAUCAAGUAAUAUAGGGACACCUGAUAGCAAACAAAAACCUGUCACUAAACCUUCUUCUUCGUCUGCCCCAUUGAAUCAUAAGACACUCAAACUCCGUAUUAAAGUUGGUUCAAGUGACAACUCUUCACCUAAACAAUGCCUCAAUAUGCCACCAUCAACGUCUCGGGUGAAUUGCCUGUCAGAAUUUGAAGAACGGUUACUAAAUGGGAUUCAUGAUUCGCCGACCAAAAUUCUUAGGGCUAUGGUGUCGUUCCCUUUGCAUAAAGAUCAGCUUUUAUCACCUCUCUCUGAUGAUCUUAUUCAGUUGGGGAAGAAAGGAAAGAUCAUGGCAGAUGCUGGAUAUGUUUCUCUCUACAAGUCAGACUCGAAAAGUAAACAGGAUAAGUUGAAGGAGGCUGAUAAACAGUCAUGUGAGGAGCUGGUUUCUAAGACUCUGAAGCUUCCGCUUUUGUCCUGUCUAUCACCGUCAUAUAUCCACCCGGCAAAAGAGAUUGAUAAGUUAUCAGAUUCUUAUGCGGAGCACGUUGAGGAUUCAUCAAGAGGAACAAACAACAAGGACCUAAAUGCACCUUUGAUGGGUUCAAAGCCUGAGCUGGAAAAUAAUGUAGUGGCUUUUCCAGAACGAAGUGUGAAGGGAACCGAAAGUGUUAACACAAGAAAAGACGUGUACCUGACAGAAGGUGAAACACCUAACUCGUUGGUUAAGGUUAGUAAGAAUGAGACAAGGAACGGAGACCAAAUUUUGAAGUCAAAACUGCCUGAAGCACACAAGUCCCAAAAAGGUUCAAGCAGGACUAGUUUGAGAGGCAAGGAUACUGCUGUAAAUAUAAUUGAUACGACUGUAGUAGAUAAGUUUCAAGAAGAUACUGGAGGAUCCAAAGAUGUGUGUGAAGGAUUCUUUGGUAAUUCAGGAGAAUCAAAAGAACAAGAACAAAGUAGUUUGGUUCUUAAAGCUAAGAAGGAAAGUGCAUUGAAGGAUAGUUUCGACAGAGUUAAGAAUGAUGUAGAGGCAUGUAAGCAUCUUCGUUUGGUAUGUGAACCAGAUUCCAAACAUCCUAUCAAGUCGAGUAACUUGAAUGAAGAUCAGCACAACACUAAGCCGAGUGCUAAAUCAGAAGCGAAGAAUCAUCAUUCUGUUGAAGGAGGAAUGGAGAAUUUGGGAGUGGUACCUGAAAGGGAACUUUCUGGGACUUGUAAGAAACAAAAGACUGGAAAAUCACGAUUCUCUUCAGUAGAUCAACCUGGAUCCAACAAACUUCUGGACGGUGUAAAUAAAGCUAUGAUUGCUCAAGCCUCAGCCCAUAAAGUCAAGGAUAUUGCUAAAGCUUCCUCUCAUGGUGGACAUGAAGACAGAAAGAGGAAACAGGAGGAAGAUAAAGUAAGUGGAGAUUGUUUGAGACUUAGAGAAACUCCAGUAAUGGAGUCAAGUGGAGAGAAAGUUAGAAAGAAAAAGAGGCUUAAGGGUUCAAGUUGUGAUGGACAAGAGUUGCCUUUCAGUAAUGGAAGUUGUGAUAGGGACAGAGGAUGUAGUCAGGAAAAUGGUAGAGAUAGUGCUUCUCAUCUACCUAUUAGGGCGUCGUCUCCAAGUUUAAUAUGCAAGGAUUUGGGCUCUGAAAUUAUCAAAACGAAUGUCCACGAAGCCAAAGGUUCGCUAGUUGACUCACUAGCGCCUUCAGCCUUAAACCCACGUGAGCUUAAAUCAGGAAGAAACUCAGAGGGGGAUGAACACCAUGAUACUGACUCUACUGCUGGUGAUACGUUAAAAAGAUGCCGAGAUGAUUGCACUGCAGUUGAAGUAAAAACAAAAGAAAGUAGAAGCAAGAAAAGACCUACUGCAAAAGUGUCUAUGGAGAGUAAUAAAGAAGGCUCAAGAGAAUAUCAAGAUCCUGAUACUAGGCUAGAUACAAAUAGUAGUCAUUUUUCUUCUCCACAGAACUCUGAUCGAUUAAAAACUAUUCGUGGGAAGAGCAACCAGUUGGAAGUGACCGCUGAGAAAUUAAAGAGUAAACCAGCUCCACCAGGUGGCGCAGGUCAGGUUGAACUCAUGGGCCGCGGUACUGAGUUAUCAAAUACAAAGGAACAGAUGAUGAGAAAUGACAAUCACAGUGUAGGUUCACAGAACCAAAAGAAAAAUGGAAGUAAGCAUAAGGAUAAUGUUGGCUCAAGCCCUUUGAAAAAGGAAUCCACGUCUCAGACUGCCUCCAACUCAAUCAAAGAGGCUACAGAUUUGAAACACAUGGCUGAUCGUCUUAAGAACGUUGUGUCCAAUCACGAGAGCACUAGUGUUUACUUUCAGGCAGCCCUUAAAUUUCUUCAUGGUGCCUCCAUUUUGGAGUCCUCUGGCACUGAGCAUGCCACGCAUAAUAGCAUCGCCAGAUCCAAUGAUAUUUAUGGCAGCACAGCAAAACUUUGCGAGUUCUGUGCUCAUGAAUAUGAGAAAAAUAAAGAUAUGGGAGCAGCUGCUCUUGCUUAUAAAUGUAUGGAAGUAGCAUAUCUAAGGAUAACUUAUUCCUCCCAUGGAAACAUAAACAGAUACCGAUCUGAGUUACAAGCAGUUAUGCAAGAGAUUCCUUCAGGUGAAUCUCCUUCCUUUGCUUCUGAUGGUGAGAAUCCAAACCAGACAUUGGCAGCAGAGAAGGUUGCCUUGUCGAACACUGUGAGGUCAUCUCCUAAAGUAACCGGAAAUCAUGUUCUCUCUUCAGGAAACAAUUCCUCUCUUUCACAGCUUUUGGCAUUUUCGCAAAACGUAAGCUUUGCUAUGGAUGCAUCAAGAAAAGCACAGACCGCGUUUGCAAUUGCUAACGGAAAAUCGUCCGACACUCGAUACAGUAGUAAUGGCAUGACAUCCAUCAAAAGGGCACUUGAUUUCGAUUUUCAGAACAUGGAGAAAUUGUUGCGUGUGGUGAGGCUUGCAAUGGAAUCCAUAAACAUGUGAUUAUGAUCCCACCUUGUAAAAGUAAAGUUUUAACAUCACAGACCAUGCUCACUGCAGAGAAAGACAAAGGGGACGCUGCCCUUUGAGUUUUGCUUUGAAGACUUAUGUAAUACUUAUUUCACUGCCUAUGUGUAUAGUGUGUUAGGACCUUUGAGUGUUGUAGCAUAUAGGAUAUAUAUACAUAGUAUAAGAGAAGUUUAGGAAAAAGCUAAGGACUGGAAGUAAAACUACUCUGGCUUUGUAGCAAUUGUUUCUUUGAAUUGAAGGGUUUGUUUUUAUCCGCUUCAUCUCAGCAUUUUAUACAAGACAGCUGAGAGAAUGUAAAGACUUACAAAAAAUUUGAAAACCAUAACACCUUCGUUGCUC